GACCAUGGAAUUCUCCCAUUCCACAAAAUCUAAUUUCCGUGUAAACAGUGCUUGAAAUAUGUUAGUGUUUCUCUUCUUCUUUUGUUUUGUCUAUGGACUAUGAGGAUAGCAUCUAUUCUUAUAUUCUAUUCCAAGUUGGGCAUUCCCUUGAGCCGCCGGGUCCCUUUCAACACGGCAUAUUCAAAGUUGACUUAUUAUAUAUAUAUAUAUAUAUAUAUGCUGCCAUAAAUGAUCCCCAUUCUUGAAGUCGAAGAUGAUAGGCCCAAUAAUCCUAUUGGCCCUCGCGCUCCAUCUCCCAACAGCAGCCUCCAAAUCCCGCCUCAUUUUGAACCGCGGCGACUCCAUCACCGUCGGCAAAGACUCACAGUUCCUCACCUCCCCCGACGCCUCCUUCACCUGCGGCUUCUACGGCCUCGGCGCCAACGCCUACUGGCUCGCCAUAUGGUUCACCAACUCCGCCGACAAAACCGUGGUUUGGACGCCCAACCGCGACCGCCCUGUCAACAGCAAGGGCUCCAAAGCCACCAUCCGCCGCGACGGAACCAUGCUGCUCACCGACGUCGACGGCACCGUCGUCUGGCAGACCAACACAACCUCCACCGACGUCGCCACCGCUCGUCUCCUCAACACCGGCAACCUCGUGCUGCAGGAUCAACGCGCCAAUAUUCUCUGGCAGAGCUUCGAUUUCCCCACCAACACUCUCCUGCCCUCCCAGCCAUUCACCAAGAACACCAGACUCACAUCCGUUUCCACCGCCGGCAGCUUCGCCACCGGCAUUUUCAAUCUCUACUUCGGCAGCGACAACGUCUUGAGAUUAAUCUCCGACACCCCGGACACCUCCACGGCCUACUGGCCGAAUCCGGAUUUCGACAUCUACACAAACGGCAGAACCAAUUACAACAGCACCAGGAUCGCAGUCCUCGACGAUCUCGGCCGGUUUCUCUCCAGCGAUCUGCUGCAAUUCAACACCUCCGAUCUCGGCCCCGGCGUGAAGCGCCGCCUAACAAUGGACUACGACGGCAACCUUCGCGUCUACAGUUUGAACGCCUCCACAGGAUCAUGGUCCGUGACGUGGCAGGCGAUCGCGCAGCCCUGCAACGUCAAGGGGGUCUGCGGGAGGAACGCCAUCUGCGUGUACGCGCCGCUGCCUACCUGCACGUGCCCGCCGGGGUUCGAGGUGGAGGAUGCCGCCAACUGGAACGCCGGCUGCAAUCCGGUGUUCAAUCAGACGCUGCUGCUCUCGACGGAAGUGGAAUUCCUGCAGAUCCCCCACACCGAUUUCUACGGAUUUGAUCUCAACACCACCAAUCCUGUUACUUUUGAUUAUUGUAAGAAAAUGUGUGUGGAGGAUUUCCGGUGCGUCGCAUUCAGCUACCGAUUGUUGGGCCAAGGAUUCUGCUUCAUCAAAAGCGCAAUGCUGAAUGGGUACGCAGCUCCCGAGUUUCCGGCUAGCAUAUACGUUAAAAUUCCCAGCGGUUUGGAGGUGGCGAAGCCUGAAAUAUUCCAUGCCUCGAGCCAGAGCUGCGGCUCGGCUGAGAGGGAAGCGCUGUUCGGGUCUUCUUCUAUGUAUGAUUUCAACAGCAGGAGGUUUAAAUGGGUGUAUAUCUAUUCAUUCGCGGCGGCGCUGGGAGCUGUGGAGGUGAUGUUCAUACUCCUAGGGUGGUGGUUUCUCUUCCGAAAACACGGUGUCCCGGCCUCGGUGGAGGCCGGCUACAACAUGAUCUCGAGCCAGUUCCGGCAGUAUAGCUACUCGGAGCUGAAGAAGGCGACCAAGGGGUUCACGAAGGAGCUCGGGAGAGGCGGGUCGGGCGCCGUCUACAAAGGCGUCCUCUCCGAUGAGAGGGUGGUGGCGGUGAAGAAGCUGGGCGACGUGUUUCAAGCGCAGGAGGAGUACUUUGCGGAGAUCGGGAUCAUAGGGAAGAUCAAUCAUAUGAAUCUAGUGAGAAUUUGGGGGUUCUGCUCGGAGAGGAGGCAUCGCCUCCUCGUCUACGAGUACCUCGACAACCUGUCUUUGGACAGGCAUGUUUUCGGGUCGAGCUUUCUGGGGUGGAAACAGAGGUACGCGGUGGCGUUAGGGACGGCCAAGGGGCUGGCGUAUCUGCACCACGAGUGUUUGGAGUGGGUGAUCCACUGCGACGUCAAGCCCGAGAAUAUACUUCUGGACAGCGAUUUCCAGCCCAAGAUCGCGGAUUUCGGGCUGGCGAAGCUGCUGCAGAGGGGCGGCGGCGGGUCGGAGUUCACGAGGAUACGCGGCACCAAGGGGUACAUGGCGCCGGAGUGGGCGCUGAGCCUUCCUAUCACGUCCAAGGUGGACGUGUUCGGGUACGGGGUGGUGGUGCUGGAGCUGGUGAGGGGGGUGAGGCUGAGUAAUUGGGGUGAGGGAGAUGAGGGUGACGGCGCGCUCGCGAGCUUCGUGAGGAGGAUGAGGGGGGAGGCGGAGGUGGUGGUGGAGAGCGUGGUGGAUGCGAGAUUGGAGGGGGAGUUUGGGCGGAGGCAGGCGGCGGCGUUGAUUCGGAUGGGGGUUGCCUGCGUCGAGGAGGAUAGGAAUAAGCGGCCCACCAUGGCCACGGUGGUGCAGACUUUGAUGGAGUUUGAGUAUGUUGAUGAUUGACUUCUUGUAAAAUAUAUAUAUGCGACUUUGUAGCUGAGAUGAUUUAAUUUCUCACCUAAUUCUAUAGUUGGACUUCCUAGUCCAUAAUUGGAGCAUGGACGUUUCUUUAGGGGAAUUGAAUCAUGGACUUGAUUGCAGAAUAUUCGUGAUUAUCAAAGACACAUUUAGUGGAGA